AUGGUGAAGUUUCCCUCAGAUGUCCUCUUCGAAAUCUUUUCACGACUACCCAUCAAGUCACUUCUCAAAUUCAGAUCCGUCUCUCAACAAUGGCGCAAUAUCAUUGAUGAUCCACACCUUGCUUACAUGCAACAUUCUCGCUGUGUUGAAGAACCCAAAAUCCUACUUCUCGAUCAUCACACCCAAAACGAAAAACCAAUAGAUGUAACAGUUACAAAUGUUGGGGUCUUCUUGAACGCUGACUUGAAUUUAGUUGCAAAGUUCUCAAAAUCAGUGACAUUUUACCUAGAGGAUUGUUGCAAUGGUUUGCUUUGCCUUUCAAAAAGUUAUGAUGAUAGAUUCUUGGUUUUGUUUAAUCCUCUAAGGCAACAAGUUCUACCACUGCCACCAUCUUCAGCCUCUCCUAAGCUAGGCAGUAGAAAAUAUGGAUUCUGGUUCGACCGUCCAAAGAACACAUACAACAUUGUUGUUGUUGCAGUUUUCUUACGCGAAAGUGUUGAUGAAAAACCGUGCUACAAGUUGCGUGCUAAAGUUUACACUCUUGGUACAAGCUCAUGGAGGCCUCUUAGCAAAGGUCCUCCUUGCUGUUUAGUUGGAAAGCCUAUAUUGGCAUGUGGAGCUCUUCAUUGGCAAGGACCUUGUAAAUAUAAUGGUGAUAUUGGGAAUAUUGUUUCUUUUGAUGUUAGGAAGGAAGAAUUUGGCUUGAUUUCUCCGCCCAAAUAUGAUUGCCUUGGAUAUUUGCUUGAUCUAGGGGGAAACUUGGCUAUGGUUGAUCACUCGGCUAUGUACUUUAAUAGACACAUUGACAUAUGGGUAAUGAAGGAAUAUGAAAAGAAAGUAGGGAUGGCAAUUUAG